AUUUCUCUUGUGACGAUAUUACAUCCAACCCGAUCAUAGUCCUCGCCCUUACCCUUUUCGUUUCUGGACUAGAGGCAAUACCAUUGAGCUCAAAUGACUUUGCCCCGUGAGUAGGGCGGGGCAUUCAAUCGUAUAUAUUCAUUGAGUAAUCCGGAAAACAUUAGUUGAGAAACGUCAGAUAUCAUUGAGAGCUCGGAAGAAAUUCUGAUAAAGAAAUCGGACGAAUCGUCAACUGAAGGCACUACACACAAACGUUUGAUUGCCAAUCUUAAAGCGAACAAAAUUACUGCAGUAUGAAAGCGGCGCGUAGCCUUUUGAGUAGCUGUCGGAAUGCCAUACGAGGACGCUGGUUAUUUGUUCUUUUACUUUUAGCAGUGGCUUUGGGCAUCGCACUCGGGAUAGUUCUUAACAAAAGAGUAGGCGAAUGUAACCAUUUCACACGCAAACAAUGGGAAAUGUUCAUCGGUUUCCCGGGAGAGCUUUUCAUGCGUAUGCUGAUGUUGCUAGUGUUGCCGCUUAUAUCAUCGAGCAUCAUUAUGUCACUAACAUCCAUCGACAAAAAGACGGCUGGGAAACUUGGCAAACGGGCCGCUUUGUUCUGUUUGUUCACCACUCUCGUUGCCUCGAUUAUGGCUGGGGUUGUGGCACGAGUUAUGAUAAGGCCAAGCAGGCAAAACAAUUUUGCAGUUAAUGGAGAAGAGGAAAAGAGGGACGAGGCAUUGAGUGCAAGUCCAGUCUAUUCCAUUCUGGAUAUGAUAAGAAAUAUGCUGCCUAACAACAUCUUAGAGGCAACUAUUUUCUCGACUGGCUCAAAAUUUGAACCAAAAAUAACCGACUACAAAUUCAAGAAUAAAUCGGUCGACGUUAUUGGAAUGUCAGCAACGAACAUGUCUAAGUUUUUGAAGGAACAAACGAUAAACCCAUGGUUUUCCUCUCCGCAUUCGGUCCAAGUCAUCGAAAAAGGAAACAUCAUUUACGAGUAUGCGGGUCAACAACGGUAUCAGGCAGCCAACUAUCUCGGCGUUCUCACUUUGUCCAUUGCAUUCGGAAUAAUUCUGAGUGGAUUAGGCGAGCAAGGAAAACCUUUGGUGAAUUGGUUCACGUGCUUAUUUAGAGUAACGAUGAAGCUCGUCGAGUUAAUCUUGUGGUUCUCGCCUAUAGGCAUUGGAAGUAUCAUUGCCAGUAAACUAGCGACCAUGGACGACAUUGUAGGAAUGAUGGCCGUCAUCGGAAUGUACGUCGCUGCGGUUUUGGUCGGAUUCUUCAUUUAUGGAGUUUUCAUUCUUCCCGCGCUGUAUUUGAUUCUGUUGAAAAGGAAUCCCUUACGCUUAUUGCGAGAUGUGGCGAAAGCACUUACUAUGGCUUUUGGUACGUCGUCAAGCUCAUCAACAAUGCCGGUUACUUUGAAUUGCUUGCAAAGCAAAAAUCUCGUUGACAGUCGUUUGGCUCAAUUCCUCCUUCCCAUUGGAACUGUGACGAAUGUUCCUGCAGCUGGAAUAUACAUGACUACGGCAGCCGUGUUCAUCAUCCAGAUGUGGCAUCCAAAGUUGAUGACAGUGGCUUCGUCUGUCCUUAUAUGUUUAUCGGCGUCCAUUGCAACGUUUGCUUCACCACCUAUUCCGGCUUCAAGUCCAAUCAACGUUCAGAAUAUUGUUUUGAAAGUCGUGGGAAUCCCAUCCGCCGACAUUGGACUAAUCAUCGCUAUCGAUUGGGUUAUUGAUCGUUUUGGCACCAUAUUAAAUGUUUGGUCGAACUGCGUGGCAUGUGUCAUCAUCAACCAUUAUUCAAAAACAGAAAUCGAUUCCCUGAAUUGCGUUCCUAAUCUCGCACUCGAAGAUGGGCGAGUCGUAGUGUCGAUGCAUACGAACCAAGUCGCGAUUGAUAUUGCAGACGAGGAAGACGCCAAAUCAUCUAAGGGCAAUGAAAAGGCCUGAAGGACGUUGCUAACAGAAAACUUUUCGUGACUGUACGGAGCGGAGAGUUUCCAAAGCAAGCGCGGUCAUAUAUUUAUGUUCAAAUGUUAUGGAAAAAAAACUCGGCGAUAGCGCCGAGUCGUCUUUCGUUGAGAUUCCCAUUUAGAAAUGGUAUCAAAAACUGAGCACGUGCGAACAAUUUUUUAACUAUAAUCACGUAGUGGGUAUGUUGUUUAAAUUUCUCAUUUCUCACUACUUUCCAUACAACGUAAGCAGCGGGGGAUCCAUCGUUGGAGAUCAAAAUAAUUUAUACAGCAGCUCUUUUUGGAAAAUAAUUUUACGAUGCACGAUAUGUAACUCAAAUUCAGCUUCAUUAGUACAGUAUGCUUUCAAAAUUCUAAACCGAUGGCACUGUAUUUGAGUUCAUAAUCAAGCUGCUUUUUUUUCAUCAAAGCUGGAUCCGCUGCUUACGUAGAAAGCAGUAUGUGGACAUUAGAUAUAUUCAGUGGUAGCUUAAGAUUCAUACAAUAGAUGAUAGUAUUUAUACGGAAAAAAUAAUGCAUUAAAAAAAUUGUUUCUGGAACAAAUAA